AUGGCGUUUGGACCGAAAAAAGAUCGGGUAAGAAUGGGUAAUAUCACACUAGAGGUGGCUUCUGGCAUUUUCACAAAGCCUCUCAUAGCAAUUCCGACCUUUAUUUUUGAGAAUCUUCCAAAAUUACGUUAUUUUAGGUACUUUUUUAAUCAUGGAUAAUAUAGCUGUUAAAAUUGGAGAUGGUUGGUUUAGUAUGGUUCUGUUAGGUGAUUUGAACCCAUUUUUCUUUCAUACUGCCGUUUAUUUUACUGAAUUAGCUUUGAAUCCUGAAAAUUGGUCGAAAUUUUUCAGACCUUUACUACAAUAUAAUUUUCUCUUUUUUUUCAGCCACAUUAUUAUCACAAGAAGCCUGAGAUUCCCAGGGGCCUUGAUGCACCGCCAUAUCUGAAAGAUGGAGAGAUGCUGGACGGCCGAUAUAAGAUCGACACUAUCUUGGGAAGAGGAGGGUUUGGGCAGGUCUUUCAGGCCAAAGAUAUGGUAAGAACUUGUUGUUUUGUUGGAUUUUAGAUAGUCAAGGUACAAGCAAUGAUACUACAGGGAUUUUGAAGGUUUUAUAUUGAAGAUUUACUUGAGAAUAAGCUAGAAUUAACAUUUUUUAUCUAAUUGAUCAUGAAUAAUAUAAUUUGUUCGGAAAAAUAAAAAAUAUCGAAAUGUUUAUAGGCAAUUCAGGUCCGCAACAGCUAGUGUAUUGUUUGCCUUUGAUUUUAUGCUGUGUUGCCUAAUAUUAUAUGUAUUUUAGGUAACCAAGCAGUACGUUGCGGUUAAAGUUGAACCUCGCGAUCGACAUUCACAAAUAAACACAGAAAGAAUGGUGCUGUUGGACCUGACGUCUUGCAAACAUGUUCCGAACCUCGUAAGUUAUGUUUGUUUUUCAUUUUUCUGGCUUUAGAUCGACAGUGGCUACACCAACGAGCUUUGUUUCCUGGUCCUACCCGUCUACUCGGACAAUUUGUUCGAGUUGCGCAAGUUCGCGCCAGAUCUUCGAUUCCCGGUGAAGUUUGCGUUGGGUGUGUUCUAUCAGCUGGUGGAGACGCUGCAAGAAAUCCACACGCUCGGCUAUAUGCAUCGGGAUAUCAAACCAUCGAACAUUUGUCUUGGCCGUCUACCAGAUGAAAGAACAAAGGUUUUUUUGAUUGAUUUUGGAAUGUCCAGGAGGUUUCGAACACUGGAUGGGAAAUUAAUCGAGAGAAGAGAUAAUGUCCCGUUCAGAGGUGGGGAUUUUUUGGGGAAUUUCUUUGCUUUUUGACAACUUUUACCUUGAUUUAGGUAUGUUAUCCAUGAUUUUUUGUUUCAUUUUAGGAACUUCUCGUUAUUGCUCCAAGCGCGUCCAUCUCCGCUACGAUCAAGGACCUUGUGACGACAUGUGCUCACUGCUGUUCGGUGUUGUCGAAAUGAUGGAGGGCGACUUGCCCUGGAAGGGCGACGAAAAUGACCGAAUGCUCGCCACAAUCAAGGCAAAACCCAUUUUUAAGUUUGACAAAUUCACGAAAUUCACCCCGAUUCCGUUGUUCCACAUUGCCCACUACAUUCAGCAAUGCACCUACGAACAUGAACUGCGCUACGACAUCAUCAAGAGGCAUAUUAAUGUAGGUGUUUUGAAUUUUUUUUUGGAAUUUUAGGAAUUCAUGACGUGGAAAUUAGAAGUGGGGUGUGUUCAUGAUGCUGGUAAUUGAAUUUUUCUUCAGGAAGCCCUCCGAUGGCUGCUGGAGAACGAAGAUAUUGAUUUAGAGGAGAGGGAAAGACAGGUCGCAGAAUUCAUCGAGGACCAUGUUCUACAGGAUAGGAAGAAGGUGGUGAGUGUGGAAGAUAGUUCCCCACCAUUCCCCGCCACCCAGGCCAGCAUUCAUGCCUCGAUUAUGGGAGUUUCGUCCAAGGCGUCCAUCAUUCAACGACAAGAGAACCGAAAAGUCGAAUAUGAUUGGGUGAAACCGGCCUCAAGAGACGUUCGGAGGAACACUAGGGACGAUUCGUUUUAUGUUCAGACGGUUAGACACGAAUUGGACGAAGCAAGAAGAAAUUUCGUCAUGGGGAAUAUCAGCGAUCAGAAAAUGGUCAGCCCCGUUCAGCAGGAGGUGAAAGCGUGCAGAAACGGGUCUGCAAUGGAUGUGGAAAGCUGUAAAAUGGGCCGGAAUGGCCAUGGCGACCAACAUCGACAAGGGAGAGAUCGGUUUUUACCGCAAGGUAUGAGGUUGGUCAUGGAUAAUAUAAAUUGUUAAAAAUUCGUAUUUUUUUUAACUGUGACGGUUGUGAUUGGGAAAAAAGGGACUUUCUACAAAAAAAUUACCAAUUUUUGACAAUUUAUAUUUUUCAUGAGGAACUGGGACGAUUGGGGAAACCGAAAGUAUUACUUUUCUUCGAUCCAAGUGUGAAAAUAGGAUAAUCGAGGGUGCUGAUUUCGAAAAUGACAUUCAUUUUUUUUUGGAUAUUUACUUUUUUCCUUAAGUAGUACUGUAAAGUAGGAAAUUUUUGAACUUUUUUUUUAUAAAUACUCGAUUUGGGGGGCUGAUUUCGAAAAUCUUACUCAUUUCUUCUGAUUUGAAAGCAGCACCACCGAAAACCCCAAAUCGAGUAUUCAUGAAAAAGUGUUAAAAACUACUACUUUACAGUACUACUUAAGGGAAAAAGUAAAUAUCACAAGGAAGGUACUUCUAUGGGGUAUGGAGUUACAGGUCGAGACAUAUCAAAAAAUUCCCAAAAUUUUUCUGGUUCAAAAUAUGAAAAAAUUCGCUGUCUAAUUUUGGUUUGUAAGGGUGAACAAAUCCUCUGAACUUUUCUUCUUCUUCCAGCGCCACGAAAAUGUCUUUUUGACCAGGUUCUUAUCAAAUCAAGAGCUUGUUUUUGAGCUAAAGUAAACCCUGGUAUCUUGACAAGCCUUAAAAUAUCAAAUUUGAUUCGCAAAUGCCCCUUUUUUAUAUUGGAACUACUAAUUAAGGUGUAGUAUUCAUCAAAUUUGAUAUUUUAAGCCUUGUCAAGAUACCUGGGUUUACCUUAGCUCAAAAACAAGCUCUUGAUUUGUUAAAAACCUGGUCAAAAAGGCAUUUUCCUGGUGCUGGAGGAUGAAGAAAAGUCCCGAGGACCAAUGUUGAGCAUCGAACUUACAUUCUCACGAUUUUGAACUUCUUUUGAAAUUUGCAUAAUCGAAGCUUGGAAUCGUGGGAAUUUCGAAUUUUCAGAACAAAUUCGACUAAAAUUCGACUUUUAUGCAAAUUUUCCACUAAGAAGAUUGAAAUCUAAAUUGGUCCCUUCAUUCUUUUCACACUCUCGCCUCUCCGUGCGGCGCUUCCCACCGACGAAAAAUCGAUUGCGGACGAGUUUCCACGGGCUGUAA